UAUGGAGCGUAGUCAGCUGCCGGCCUGCACAUGUUCCAUGACAAUAGCUGCUUUUUGACUAUGUACGGCCAUAAACCGGAAUGAAAUUAUUACUUCUUGUAGUCAUCUGAUCAAAACAUAAUUGAUGAAACAUCAGUCCUGUUUAGAAUUCUCAGUGAGUUCAUUUUUUAUAUUUAAUUGCAAUGUUAUGCUCCAAAACUAACGUUGCAAACAUCUGCAGUCCCAUGCAUGCAAAUUUACGUGUUAAGUUCGAAAUUUUCAUCAGAAAAACUACAUUUGGUCACAGACACAGUGCGAUAAAAGUUGCAGUGGAAAGCAUAGCAGAAGAUUUUAAGAACUUCAAUUGUACAGUAUUUCUACUUGAAGUACAAAAUGUCUCCAGGAAAACAUUCCAGACAGAGUAACAGUGAUCGCAAACAGUGCUCAACCAAUUACUAUGGAGAUCGUUUACUUCUCAAGAGAGUACAGGAGUAUGUUGACUCCGAAUCAAAGAAUGGCUAUGUGGAUGUAGACACCAUGGUGGAAGAUCUUCAGCAUAUUUACAAAGAAUAUGGCAGGAAGAAAAGAAUAGUCUUUAAGAAAGCUGUUGAAAAAGCUUACAGUUGCAUUGAAUCCAAGCAGUCCAGAUCUAAUCAUAACCUGGAUGAAUUUGAGGCAAGGCAUUUGUCCAAACGACGUAAACAAGAGGACGAUGCUGAAGAAGACUCAAACAGUGAUAGUUUCUCAUCUGAUAAUCCAGAUUACGUUCAGGUUCAGGAUUCCAACCUAGUCAACAGUUCUUUGAGCAACCUUUACAUGAAGAGAACUCCCACCAGCACCCCCAAGAGCCGGAGUGCUACAUCCACGCCCCUUGCCACUCCCCUUGUCACACCCCAGGCCACACCCAGGCCUUCAGACAGUGAAGAUGAUGAUCGAGACAGCAUGGAGAUGGGUACUGUGACCCUUGACCUUGCUGGGGCCGGUGACCUGAUGGAGGAUGAUGCGAAGCAGAUAUCCAGGAAGCCAAAGCUAUUGAUGCCAAAUGUCAAAAAGAAGGAGGAAGCUGUAUCAGAUAAGUCAUCUCAGAACAGUAGUUUUUAUAUAUCUAAGACACCAAGCAAGAUAAACAGUAAAGAUGUCAAAACACCUAGUCGAAAAUCUUCUACCAAAGGUGAAGACGGAACGGAGGCCAGCACCAAAAAGAAACCUCGCUCCUCGGAAUCUGAAGGACCUAGGAAAGGAAAGAAAAAAGUUAUUGAACCUCAGCGAUCCACAAACACUUUUGCUGAUAUUGGAGGAAAUGAUAGCACCUUAGAGGAGGUAUGUAAGCUUCUGGUCCACAUGAGGCAUCCUGAAGUCUACCAACAACUGGGAGUGUCUCCACCCAGAGGGGUGUUAUUACAUGGACCGCCAGGGUGUGGCAAGACCCUCCUAGCUAAUGCUAUUGCUGGGGAGUUGGACCUUCCUUACCUGAAGCUUGCAGCAACAGAGAUAGUGUCUGGCGUAUCAGGAGAGUCGGAAGAGAACAUCAGAGAUCUCUUUGAACAAGCACAGGCAUUAGCUCCUAGUGUAUUAUUCAUAGAUGAGAUAGAUGCUAUCACUCCCAAACGAGAGACUGCUCAACGUGAGAUGGAGAGGAGAAUAGUUGCUCAGCUGUUAGCCUGUAUGGAUGAACUAAAUAAUGGAACUUCACACGUGAUGGUGAUUGGUGCGACAAACAGAGUAGAUUCUUUAGACCCCGCCCUGCGGAGAGCAGGAAGAUUUGAUCGAGAGAUCUCAUUGGGUAUACCAGAUGAGAAAGCAAGGACAAGGAUCUUACAUGUUCUUUGUCGUAAGCUGCGUCUGUCUGAUGACUUCAGUUACCACACCCUAGCAGCUUUGACCCCUGGCUACGUGGGUGCUGACCUGACGGCAUUAUGCAGGGAAGCAGCUAUGGCUGCUGUUAAUAGGAUAUUCACCUACCUCCAAAACACAGGAAAACCAAUAUCAGAUACAACUCUUGGGACAUCACUGCAUCGUAAUGGAACUGCAUUAGCCUCUGACCAACCACGGCUACAACACACAGCUGUAUCGGCACAACAUGUCACUGCCACAUUACAAGGACAGGCAACUUCAGCAACAGAGGAGAUGGACACGGGACCUGUCAAUGAGUUGGUUGGCGAGUCUUCAAGAAGUGAUUCAGAUUUGAAGGAAUCAGAGAGUUACAAAAUGGUUUUAAGUUGGUUAAAGGAACAUCCUCCUCUUUCUGAAAGCCAGUUACAAGGUCUCUACAUCACUAUGGAAGAUUUCAAGGUAGCGUUACCCAAUGUCCAACCAUCGGCUAAACGAGAAGGAUUUGCUACCAUUCCUGAUGUGACGUGGGACGAUGUGGGAGCAUUGGAAGGAGUCAGGGAGGAACUCACCAUGGCUAUCCUGGCCCCAGUACGCAACCCAGAAGCCUACCACGCCCUUGGCCUCACUAACCCUCCUGGUAUCCUCUUAGCUGGACCACCAGGGUGUGGAAAGACACUCCUUGCUAAAGCUGUAGCCAAUGAAUCAGGAAUCAAUUUUAUUUCAGUCAAAGGUCCAGAAUUGAUGAAUAUGUAUGUAGGAGAGAGUGAGAGAGCAGUUCGCCAGUGCUUCCAGAGAGCAAGGAAUUCCUCACCAUGUGUUAUCUUCUUUGAUGAACUGGAUGCAUUGUGUCCAAGAAGAUCAGAUGUUUCUGAUUCUGGAUCAAGUGCCAGGGUUGUCAAUCAGUUGUUGACCGAGAUGGAUGGCUUAGAAGCUAGGAAGCAAGUUUUCAUCAUGGGGGCAACCAAUAGACCAGACAUCAUUGAUCCGGCAGUACUCCGUCCAGGAAGAAUGGAUAAGAUCCUUUAUGUAGGAAUUCCUUCAAAUCAAGAUAGGAUAGCAAUACUCAGAACCAUCACGAAGAAUGGUUGCAAACCCAUUUUGGAGAAAGAAGUAAACUUGAACGAUCUUGCAGAAGAUUCAAGAUGUAAUGGAUUCACGGGUGCAGACUUAGCAGCAUUUGUCCGUGAAGCUUCAAUGUCAGCACUGAGAAAGGUCAUUAGGAAUGGUCUAUUAUUAGAGAGGGGUGACCCUGCUGCUGCCUCUCAGAAGGACUUAACUGUUGUUGUCUGCAGAGAUGACUUUGAGGCAGCUUUCAGGAAAGUGAAACCAUCAGUGUCAAGAAAGGAUCGUAUCAUGUACGAGAGGAUGAGAAGUAGCGUGCUCAGGGAUGCGUCUGCAUGUGACGAGGAUGCUAUGUCAAACAAACCUGAGGAAAGCAAUGAGGAUCCAAAGACAUGACCAUAAUCAGAAUGUCCCUUGGAAGCCAAUAGCUGGGCUGAUUUGUGUUUGUGAUUUUGUUUUGAACACUGUUCAGUGAUUGAUGAUAAGAAUGGCUCAUGGACUUGAAUACAUUAUUGCAUUAGAGCAAAACAGAGGUUAAUGCAAGUAUGGAAAAGAAACCAAUAUGCCUUGACCGCCUGUGGAAUCUUGUGCAGUUUCAUGAAAUGAAACAUAUAACUCUAUUCUACUCAGGGUGAUGAAGAACUGAUAUUUUGACUAAAUGGAUUCAAUAUUUAUAAAAGCAAAAUAGAACAAAAUAUGCUUAAGGUCAUGAAUAUGCAAUAAAUGAGCUCAUGAUAUCAAAUAGUCAUCCUUUUUUCUAUAACAUGAAAUCUUAAUUAUUUCAUUUUAUUCUCAGAAGAAAAUAUCUGUUGUAUUAAACAAAUUAUGGCUCAGAUCUUAAAAAUUAAAUUAUUAAUUCUAUUCUUUCAUUAUUGGAGCCGAAAAAUUUGAAUAUUUGCUAUUUCUUAAAUCAAAAUACAUAAGAAGUGUGGGAGUUUACAUCAGCUUGCUCAAUGCAUAUUCAUGACAUGCAUAGAACUAUGUCACCAAAAUAAUGCAAAUAGAAGACAUGCCAAAACAUGCAAUUUUACAUUUAAAUUUGUUGAAAUUUUGAGUGUUUUGCUUGUUUAAUUCUACCGGUACCCUCUGCAAUCAAAUCAAUUAUUUUCAGUAAAAUGUGAAAAUCAUUUUAUAGAAAGUUAAGCUAGGUACCUGGAUUUUCGGUAUUAUUUGGAAUAUUUUGGGGGGUAUUUUUGUUGACUUUUCAAAGGAUUUAGAUAAAUGUGUGUGACAUUUUUUCCAAUCUUGACAUAGAUUUUUAUUGUUUAACUCUCCCUUUUUUUAUUCACCCUUCUAUUUUUCUCUUGAGUUUCAAUACCUUAAUAAUUUUACUUCAUAAUUUGUACUCAUAUUGUUUUUAAUUAAAAUACAUUACAGGAAUGUAGACAGAAAAGAAUUUUCAAUUUCUUAACUUUGAGGUACCAACAUUGGAGUUAAUUUCACAUAUAUUUUAUUUAGAAAUAUGCUCAAGACACUGAAUAUGAGAUUUCCCAUGAUCACUGUGAAUUGCAAUAAUUUGGCCAAUAGGGAUGAACUUUUUUUUUUUUAGAAAUCCUGUUAUGUAUUUAGUUAUAUAUUUUCCCUUUAUGUAAUUAUGUCUAUUGUAUUUGUACAUGUAUGUAACCAUAUCUAUUCUGAUAUUUUGUCUCAUUUCUUUUUAGUACAUGAAUAUACAAUUAUUUAUUGUAAAACAUCAAACAAAGUUUAAUCAAGUCUUUCUUUUCCAAAUUAAUGUCAUGGUUUUUAUUUCCAAUUUGUAUACAACUCCUUCUUGCCAUUACAACUUGUACAAAAUUAUGUUCAGGUGAUUUCAUCAUAAUUACAUUUUCACAUCACAAUAUCAUGGUUUUACUUCACUAGAAGGCAUUGGAAUUAUGUAUAAUUUUACAAUAAUCAAAUAGAAAAGACAAUGGAACACAACAUUAUGCAUGGGUACAGAUUAUGUUAAAAAUUGAACAUUUUUCUUUAGAGUCAAGUGAUAACUUUACCAUUCAGCCAUGAAUUACUUUGUAAUUUUCUAGAAAUACAAAGGCCAAGGACCAGGGGGUCAUUUCAUAAAGCUGUUUGUUAAGUUAGGUAUGACUGGUGAGUACCCCAAAUUAACAUUCAUGGAAGGGCAUUUCCUAUAACUCUAAUCAAACUUUUGACAGUAUUGAAUUGAAAAAUUGAAAAUUUUCAUUGACAGAUGUCAGAUUACAACUUAACCACAAGGGAAUCAGAUUGAUUGCGAAUUUAAAAAAAUGAUGGUAAAUCUGAUUCAGCAUCCGCGAAAGGGUCAGCAGUUGUGUGUGUGACUUAUGAACAGCUCUAUGAAACGCCCACCAAUUGGUUUUGUCACGGAAAAUGAUUGUGUGACCUUUGGCCAUCUCACACAUGGUGCAGCAUGCCAGCAUCAAAAUAAAAGAUGCAAUUUCACUGGAGACAUGAUUUGAUUCAAUUUCACUGAAUGCAAGAAUAAUAGAAUACACAUAACAAAACAAACUACAUGACAAAUGAAAAAAGUGAAUGAAUAUUGACAUUGACAAAUAAUGAUUUUAAAUCAAGUAUGCAUGAAAUAUAAAGUAUCAAAUACCUUCGAUGUUUCCGUUCAAAUGAUUAUCUUCUCUCUAAUUAGCAUAAUUAGUAAUCUAAUACAACACAAUGUUCUGUGUAGAUCAGAAAGAUAAAGUACAACAAACAAAUUAUAAUAGAGCCUGAGGCAUGAGUCUAGUACUUUAUAACUUAAACCAACACAAACCAAACAUGAAUUUAAAUAUUACACCAUUAACACAAUAUUGUUUACACUUAAAUCUGGAGUCAAGAAAGUUGGUCUUCUUAGUCAGGUAAGGUGGUCUUUAAGGAGAGGUUUCUUGGGCUGGAAUUUGAUUAAAUACAAAAGCAGAACUUGUAUAUAUAUUGUAUAUAUUCGGCUAAGUUAUGUCUCUUAAAUCACCAAUUUUCUGACUUUGAGUAUAGUGCUGAAUACUGGUAACACUCCAAUGAGAGACUAUGGGACUACUAGGCUCCAAACUCACAAUUGGCCACAAGGCAAGAUUCUUUG